AUGGACAUUGCCCGCGUCUGCCCGGGCUGUCUCCGCCAGGCGCCCGCUCGCGCCGCCGUGGCCGCUCACCGGCGCAUCACCGCAUCCCGUCCAUUCCUCCAGCCUCGCCGGCCCCGAAAUGACCCCAUUGACCGCCCCCGCGAGGUGCGGCGCGGGUACUCGACUAGGCACUCGCCUCAGGCCCCGCCGGAGAACGUGGCCGUUAUUGGCGGCGGCAUCACGGGCCUGACGACGGCCUACUACCUGGCCAAGUUCCUACCCGCGACUUCUACAAUCACCUUGUAUGAGGCCAAUGACAGGAUAGGAGGCUGGAUCGACACGGUGAAGAAGACGGCGCCCGACGGCCAGCCGGUUUACUUUGAGAAUGGGCCCCGCAUGCUGCGCGGCCUCGGCGGGUCGGGCUUCCGAGCUGACGACUACGUCUUUUACGACAUGCUCGCCGACCUCAAACUCUCUCCCAAAAUCUCUCCUCCGCGCAACAAGCUAUUUUGCUACAACGACGAGCUCUUUCGCCUACCGCCCAACGUCCUCAACCCCCUCGUCGCCCUCAAGACCUCGUGGCAGCUCCUCCGCGGCACCCACGUCGUCAGCGGCAUGGUCGACGCCGCCCUCGCCUACCGCCGCGCCAACGCGCGCGAGUGGCCCGCCUCCGCCGUCGAGCAGGACAUCUCCAUCGGCGACUGGGCGCGCGACACCUUUGGCGACGCCCCCGCGCCCCGCAACGCCCUCUCGGCCAUGAUGCACGGCAUCUACGGCGGCAACCUCGACCAGCUGAGCAUGCCGAGCACCCUGCCCGCCGUCUGGUUCGGGGAGCGCAUGCCCAAGGGGCCCGACGACGUGCUGCUCCCGCGCGCCGACUACGAGCUCCUCCGGGACCUGGACCCGCGGAAGCGCGGCAUCCAGGACGACGUCAAGCUCUGGUCCAAGGCCGAGGUCAUGUCCUUUCCCGGCGGCAUGGCCUCCCCCGUGUCCCGACUCCGCUACCUCCCGGAGCAGGACCGCGUCGAGCUCCAGACGCAGACGGGCGGCCCCGCCGCCCUCUUCGAUAAAGUUGUCUCCACCACCCCGAGCGCCGUGCUCGCCCCGCAAAUCAGCGCCUCGGCCCCCGCCGUGGCCCUCAACACCCGCGCCGUCACGAUCCGCACCGUGUCCUUCUUCUUCGCCGACCCCGACCUCACCGCCAAGCUCGGCGCCUUUGGCUACCUCGUGCCCCUCACCUCCCGCACCAACCACGAGCAGAUGCUCGGCAUGUUCUUCGACUCCGACACCUACGGCCUCCGCGACGACGAGAAGCGCGGCACCAAGGUCACCAUCCUCAUGGGCGGCCACUUUUGGUCCGGCUCCGACUCCGACUCCACCCCCGACGCCCUUCCCUCCGAAGACGAGUGCCUCGUCCACGCCAACCUCGCCCGCGGCUGCAUCGCCCAGCACGUCGUCUCCCACCGCGCCACCCUGGCCGGGGCCCACGAUGCCCUCGCCUCCGCUUUCGCCGGCAGACUCGCCGUGGCCGGCGGCUCCUACACCGCCGUAGGCGUCAUGCCCGCCAUGCGGGCCGGCUACGAUGCCGCCCGCCAGCUUGCCGGCAGGGGCUAUGUCGAGCACGUUGGCGCUACCGGGCUGGCUCAGUUUGCGCGCAAGCAGGGCGCCGACGUCAUCGCCGUGCCGCGGGAGGAGCUCAACGGCCUAGGCAAGCAGCUGCGAGGAUCCAGCGCCAUUGGGAGGUGGUUGGCUGGACGGUAA